AUGGCUCGAGGGGCAAAGGCCAAGAAGAGAGUGAUCAAGGCUGCUGCCAAACCUGCCGUUCGAAAGGAAGAUCCAAAACCGGACCCAGCCCCGAGCCCGGCGGAAUCGGAUGAAGUUGAUGUGAUCGAACGACCAGUUACGAAGCCGGAGAUCCGCGAGGAUGACGUCAUCGUGCUAAACGACUCGCCCUACGUUUCCCAGAGCCGGGGAGCCUCGUUAACAUCGUUGCAAAAAUCGGAAGGAGUCGACGACGAUGACGGAGACUCGGACCAAGAAUCUGUGCAUGACUACAAAGUUGGCGGAUACCAUCCCGUGAACAUUGGCGAUGUUUUUCAAAAUAGAUACCACGUGCUGCGCAAGCUCGGAUGGGGUCAUUUCUCUACCGUAUGGCUGUGCUGGGACACGACGGAUACUCGCUAUGUGGCCAUCAAGGUCGUCAAGUCGGCCGAUCAUUAUUCCGAGGCGGCUCUCGACGAGUCAAAGAUUUUGCAAGCUGUCCGCACCUCUGACCCUGACGACGAGUUUGGGAAGCGUGUGGUUCAAUUGUUGGACAGCUUCAACGUUUCCGGCCCGCACGGCUCGCACGUGUGCAUGGUUUUUGAGGUGCUCGGUUGUAACCUGCUGAAGAUGAUCAAGCUGAGCGAUUAUCACGGUCUUCCCCUCGAAAUGGUCCGCCAUAUCAGUAAACAGAUGCUCGAAGGUCUCGCCUACUUGCACGAGAAAUGCCAAAUCAUCCACACGGAUAUAAAACCCGAAAACGUACUCGUCACAAUGACCCAACAAGAAAUCAACGAUAUCGCCGAACAUGCCGUGAUCUCGGCAAAGCUGGGGCUACCGCUGAGCAACUCCUUCUUGUCGGCGCGCGCGGUGCACGAGGCCAUCAACCCAAAGCCGUUGACCAAAAAUCAGAAGAAGAAGAAGCAGCGCAAGACGAAAAAGAAGGGGCCCGGCUCACUGAGCUCCAAUUCUACGGCCAUGGACGAGGACUCGUCGAUUGACCUUGUUGGCGUCCCCACCGGUGUCAUCCCUACAUUGAAGCGCGCACAGGAGCUCCUUGCCGCCGGCGAGCAACCCAAAUUUGAGGAGCCCUCGUUCGGCCCAAAAUCCCUCGACGGCUACUCGAUGAUAGAUGUGAAGAUUGCUGAUCUCGGCAAUGCCUGCUGGGUCACGCAACACUUUACCGAGGAGAUCCAGACCCGCCAGUAUCGUUCGCUAGAAGUCCUCUUGGGGGCGGGUUACGACACAUCAGCCGACAUUUGGAGCAUGGCCUGCAUGAUCUUCGAACUGGCGACCGGCGACUACUUGUUCGAGCCGCACGGUGGUCCCGCCUACAAUCGUGACGAGGACCACAUCGCCCACAUCAUCGAGCUGCUCGGCGCCAUCCCGCCGAACGUCUACAAGCGCGGCAAGCACUGGAAAGAAUUUUUCAAUCGGCAAGGAAAACUUCAACACAUAUCCACGUUGAAGCCGUGGAGCUUGAUCGAUGUGCUGGUGGGCAAAUACAACUGGCCCUUCAAGGAGGCUCGCCAGUUGACCUCGUUCCUGACGCCGAUGUUGGCGUACGCAGGCGAAGAGCGGGCCACGGCUCGCCAGUGUCUCGCCCAUCCUUGGCUGCUGCCCUACGGAGGCCUCGACCCCACCAACGACGAUGAUAACAAGGAGAAUGACCUCGACGACGAAACCAUGGACACCACCGAAGCC